CCCAUUCAGGCCUCCUCUCCCUCGCCAGCUCCGGAAAGCGCAGAAGCCACGCCCCCGCUCCUCAUUGGAGGAGCCGGGGCGAGGCGGGGCGGAGCUCGGCGACGCGGCGAGAGGGAAGGCGGCGCCUCGGAGCCCGGAUGUUGGCCGGGCGGCAGGAGGCGCGAGGCGGAGAGGAGGCGGCGGCCGGAGGGAGAGGCGAGCGCGGGGCGGGGCCCAUGGAGGGAGACCCGGGGCCUCUCGGGGUAAGGGCGGCCGGGGGGGGCGGGAGGCGGGGGGAGGCCCUUCCCCCGCUGACAUCCCGGGCCGGGAGGGAGGGAGGGAGGCAGCCAGCUCGCCGCCUCCCUGAGGAGAAACUCCGGGUGAGUUUCCGGGCGCCGGGCGUCCCCGGCCUGGAAAGGGCGAAGGGCAGGCGCUCUGCAUGUGUCUCAGAAGCACGGCUGCUGCCGCUGCCCCCCUUCUCGGGGGCGGGGGGAGGAGCCUGUUUGAACCCGGCUCGCCUGGCUCCUCCCUCCAGGAAGGGCUUCUGAGGCGGCGGCGGCGUUGUCGCCCCACCACCGCCCCGCCAGGUGGGAAACGCGGCCUGGCUGCUGGGGAGGCUCCGGGGCUCCUGACUGCUCUCCCUUUGCUCUGGCCCCGAGGUCUGCCCAGGGGUGGAGAGGCUGGGCCUCGGGAUGCCUCCGCAGGGCCUGCUGGGUGUUUCAACUUCCCAAUUCCGAAAAGGAGGGGUGCUAAAAAGUAGUAAUAGGACUUGGCAGCUCAAAAGAUACUUUGGUUAAAUUAAUGUACUUUAGUUUUGUGUGUAGAAUUACAUAGAAAUCCUUUUAAAUGAUUGCCAAGUACUUGCAGUCACAUUAUAUAGUAAUAGUUAUUAUUUAGCAUUGCGUGACAUUUUCAGAAGGUAAAAUUAUUAUUUUGGGGUUUUCCAAAAGCAGUUAAUGUACUUCUUCAUCAAACAUAUCAAGCUAAAUGUUGCUCAACCACACAGAAAAUAGCAAAUUUGAAUUCCUCACAGCUAAAAACAUAUUUUCAAAACCCCUCACUGAAGGAAUUUGUAGACAUUAAGUUUCAUCCCCUAAAUUGACAUGUCCUAAUACCACGGAUUGAUGAAAAUUGCAAGUGGAAAAGGUGCUGCCGCACUCUUUGUGGACUUCCUGUAGGCGUCUCAUUGAUUAGAUGGGGCUCUGGUUUGAUCCAAUGGGUCUCCUCUUCAAUGUUUGAAACUCCCAUUGUUCUAGGUGCAUUUUGCGACAGGAAUAUCAUUAGCGUGAACAGUUUUCUGAGCUCUGGGAAAGGAGGACUUUUUCCUGCCUCCCCACUCAAGAAUAUUAGGGGGGUGGGCAGGGGAAGGACUAGACCGUGUGAAAAAUGAACAUAAUAUUUUAGCUGCAGCUCAUUCAUUUUCAGCUUUGUAUUCCUGAUAUUAAAAAAUCGUGCCUAGACAUUCUGUUGUUGCACCCAUAAUAUAGUUUUAAGGUGCCAUUUAGUUCCUAGCUUUCAUAUCUCAGUUUCCAACACUGCUCCUCUUAGAUUGCAUUCUAGCCACCACAUGACUCUGACUGGAAUCUUGAGGUUUCUGUAGACCGUAGAUGGGUUGUGGCUGCUCCGAGAAAGUUGGAUCAUGUUCUAAGCAAGCACCACUAGCAGAACAGGUGUGAAGGCAUACCUAUUUAGCCAAGCAUUUCCCCAUAACCUGUACUUUGGAUUUUAUUGUUUUAAAUGUCAUGCUUUUUAACUGACUUGGUUUACUGCAUACAGGCAACUCCACAUUUGCAUAGGGGUUGGUUCUGAGACAUUGUUCUGCCCCUGUUGUGGGGCCAGAAAUGGCGCAUGCGUUAGCUGUCACAUGUGCCUCUUUCUGUGGGAAAUUGAGUAGUUGUCAACUUGACAACUUAAUAACUGAGUUGUGCAAUUGUAUACUUGCCAUUUGAUUGUGUAAUGCUGAAUUAACACAGCUUGGUGCAGGAUUGAGGAAUGGUAAUCAGUUUGCUGCAGUGGCUGGAGCAACUUGGUUGAAAUGGAUGCUGUUGAGAUAACAUCAGUAACUGUUGGAAACUGGUUAUCCCAAGUAUCCCACUCCUGGUUUUCUAGUACAUUGUUCAUAUCUGUCUUGGAAGCUUCAUGACCAGCCGAAGGUUUGAACCUUGUUUUAUUUUGUCCAAACUUGUUCCACGAGGGGUUGGGGAGCAGAAAUGUAAACCGUUAUUAGUAACAGUAUUUCUGUUGUUGUGAUGAUGAUGUGUGUAAUGGCUGCUUGCUAAACACAAUAAGCAGAACUGAUGCCUAUAGUAUAUUCCCCGGAACUUCUGGGUUCUUGGCAAUGCGGCAUUUGCUCAGUUCAACAUAGACUUCUUUUUGAACAUGAUCUUCUCCCAUAGGUAGAUCCUUACAGCCAUAAUGGAUGAUUUAAACCUGCACUACAGAUUUCUGAACUGGAGGAGAAGGAUCCGGGAGAUCCGAGAGGUGCGAGCUGUUCGCUACCAAGAAAGGUUCAAACAUAUCCUUGUUGAUGGAGACACAUUAAGGUAAUUUUUGGUGCUGAGAAAGCUGAGGAAUCUAUUUUGGACUUUUGAAGAAGCACAUUUAUUAGAUAUUCUUACAAGAAUAUGAUGAUAAAUUUAAUAUUUAUCCCACGCCAAUCUGGCUGGGUUUCCCCAGCCACUCUGGGCGGCUCCCAAUAGAAUAUUAAAAACACGAUAAAACACCAAACAUUAAAAACUUUCCUAAAAGGGCUGCCUUCAGAUGUCUUCUAAAAGUCAGGUAGUUGUUUAUUUCCUUGACAUCAGAUGGGAGGAUGUUCCAUAGGUCGGGUGCCCUCUGCCUGGUUCCCUGUAACCUCAAUUCUCAUAGUGAGGGAACUGCCAGAAGGCCCUCGGUGCUAAACCUCUGUGUCCGGGCUGAACAAUGGGGGCAGAGAUGCACUUUCAGGUAUACUGGGCUGAAGCCAUUUAGGGCUUUAAAGGUCAGCACCAACACAGAAAUGUACUGGGAGCCAAUGAAGGUCUUUCAGGACCAGUUUUAUAUGGUCUUGGCGGCCACUCCCAGUUACCAGUCUAGCUGCUGCAUUCUGGAUUAGUUGUAGUUUCUGGGUCACCUUCAAAGGUAGCCCCACGUAGAGCACAUUGCAGUAGUCCAAGUAGGAGAUAACUAGAGCAUGCACCACUCUGGCAAGACAGUCUGCGAGCAGGUAGGAUCUCAGCCUGCGUACCAGAUGGAGCUGGUAGACAGCUAACCUGGACACAGAAUUGACCUGCGCCUCCAUGGACAGCUGUGAAUCCAAAAUGACUCCCAGGCUGCACACUUGGUCCUUCAGGGGCACAGUUACCCCAUUCAGGACCAGGGAGUCUCCCGCCCCCCCCAAAAAACAGUACUUCUGUCUUGUCAGGAUUCAACCUUAAUCUAUUAGCCGCCAUCCAUCCUCCAACCGCAUCUUCAACAUUUUGUACUUCUUACAGAUGAGGAUUUAAUCCCUUUAAAUGCAUGUUGAUGGGAAAUAGCAAAUAUGUGGAAUAAACUCAGAUUUCCAAGACAGAUGGCCUAGUUGUUGAAACAGUCAGAGCACCAAAAGUUUUAAACUCCAGAAUUUAAUGGCAUUUAAGCCCCACCUCACUGCUGACUUUCCUUUUUAUAAAAAAAGGAAAGAAAAAAGUUCAUAGGUCACUCUUCACUCUCCUCCUUUAGUGACCCACUUGGUGCAUCAACUUUGCUGUCAUUUAGAACAGAUUGGUCAGCUGACUGAGUGGGUCAGACCUAACAAUAAAACAAUUUUACCUCUUUGGUGGCUCUCCAGACAACAUAUUAAAAAGAAAAUAUUUCUAAGUUGUAAAAUAAAACCGAGGUUCCCUAGUCCUGAAUUAUAGGGAAAGAAAUAAGUUUUUUAAAAUUGGAGAACUGAGGUUUGGGUCAUUUAAUUCCUUUUGUGGCUUUUAAACUCGCCUGUCCUGUAAACCAAAUGUUGAAGGUCUCUAUAAAGCAUUGAAUUCUACACCUUUGCCUAUGUCAGCUGUAGCCAAAUCCCUUUGGAUGUUGUUAGACUACUUCCCAUCAGCCUCAGCUAGCAUGUACCCGUGGUUAGAUGUGAUAGGAACUAUAGUCCGGCAACAUCUGGAGGGCACCAUGUUGGCUACCUCUGGCUCAGUUAUUCUGUCUCCAAGUGGCUUCUGGCCUAGUCAGUAUCAUGAAGAAAAACUGUAUCAGCAGUAUGGAGAUCUUGCUCCAGGAAGGAGGUGAUUGCUGAAGUUUAGGACUUUACUGUUAAUAGUCCCUUGCUUCUUUUGUUGUGGCCUGAUGUCUAGGCCUGAGUUUUCUUAUUUGCUGCUGCUUCUAAAGCGGUUGCAUUUUGUACUUUGAUUGGAGCUUGGAGAAGCUGACCUCAUAUCUUUUCUGCAGUUACCAUGGAAAUUCUGGUGAAGUCGGCUGCUACGUUGCUCCUCGCCCACUGACCAAAGACAACAAUUAUUUUGAGGUAACUUGCUCAGCUCUCUUGACAAUUGGGAGGCAUCUUUUUUUCUUUUUGCAACAGGUUUGGAGCAAUAGUUAUCAAAAUGCUGUUAACACCAAGGAUCCUCCAUGGUUUUCACUUUUUGUGUCUAACAGUUUUGUUUUCUGUUGCUGUUGAGGGCCAGGCUAGAACCAAACGACCCGAAUUUUAGCAAAAGAUUAGACGACGUUUCCUAAUGGCAAGAGCUGAUUGGCAGUGGGGCAGGCUGGCUUAGGAGGUUCUCCUUCCUUUGGAUGUAUUUAAGGAGAGCCUAGGCAGCCAUUUGUUAGAGAUGCUGUAGUUUCAUGAUUUCUGCAUCAAAGGGAAAAGUCAGGCAUGACAAACAUAAUAGUGGGGGUUGGGUCAAGGGAAGAGCUGCUAAUGAUGGCAAACAUCAGCGAUGGUACUUCCUAGAAUCAUCAAGCUGAGUAGAUCCCAGCAGCAAUGUGGUCUACUGUGGUCUUUAAACCAUUUCUCAAUGCUGCUUGUCUAAGACUGUAAACACAGAGUUGUCCUGGACCUGGCAGACCAUAAUAUAUGGCUGACAGGACUGCAUUUGUCUUGAUGGGUCAUAGAAUGUGUAAAAACUCAGUCUAGGUAGGUUGACGGAGUGUUCUUCGUUGGCGCCUGGGGUGGGUGGAGUGCGCUGCCAGAUCGAUGCCUGCCCACUGGAGCUAGCGGUGCUGCGCUGCGCCACUUGCCUGGCCAUGCAUUGGGGAGCCUGGCUGGCCGACACUGCUGAUGCCAUCCUACUUUGAGGGGUGCAUUCACAGCACCCUGCGAGUGCAGUGCCAUUUUGUGAGACUUGCAAAAUGGCACAGGGAUGGCAGGGCGUAAGCCUAUUGCGUCCUUCCGAAGCCACCCUCCAUACAUAGUGGGGAGAACUGUUUUUAAGAGCGUUUGACGUCCCUUUGGCAGUCUGUGCAGGGUAGAGCAGCUGGCAGUUGAUGCUAAGGCCAUGUCAUGUCCUUAUGCCAUUGGCUCAGCGGGAUUCAUUGCUAGUGGGGUCAUUGUGCUAGCAAGUUAGUGGGAAGGGGAGAGUAGAUUCCAUUCUGCAGGUGUGGAUCUUUAUGUAGCCAAAAGGGAGGUAGCAACUGAUCAAUGGGCUUGGGCAAACCUAAGGUUUCCAGAAAUACUAAAUAAUCCUUAGGAGUGCCCCCCCCGCCCGCAAACACCAUAGCCGAAUGAUGACUGACUUGUGGGGUGGAGUGGGAGCAGAAACCUGGAGCAAGUAUGCCAUGGAGUUUCCUGGAAAAGGGGCAUUGGUAGAAUCUUGCACUCUUAACUGCCACAUUUUGUUGCAGAUCCCACUUGUAAUAUUUAAUAGCUACUUGACCCAUUCUCCACAUUCUCGUGAGCAGAGAGGUGUGUGGUCCUGGAACGUAGAUAAUUUAGAAGGGGAACCCCGGAACUCCAUUCACAAUAGUGGGCAGAAUCAAGUGUGCUGUGAACAGACUUCAACUUUCCCUACUUCCCCUGCACCCCCCAGAUCUGCUCUGGAGAGUCCCCUAAUCCCCUAAGCAGAUUUUGAAGAUGGGCAGGAGAGAGGAGAGGAAGAUGAAGUCAUGUUGCUCAAGAGGAUGUCCAUUCUGCUUACACACAGUUGGAUACAAUCCAGUCAUUCCUAGCCAGGGGUUGGCAACAUAAGGCCCAUGGGCCACAAGCAGCCACCAGGGGUCGUUUAACCGGCCCACAAGCUGCCUGCUCAGUGAGGCCCCGCUGCUGCGCUAAGCCGGCAUAGUGCUUCUGCAGCGCCAGAAAUCACAUCUGCACAGAUGCAGAAAUUCGGGAGGGAAAACGUGCGCUCUGGCCCAGGGAGGGAUCUCCACUGGAGUGAACCGGCCCAGGCGAGGUAAACCUGGCUGACCCCUGCUCUUAGCCAUUAUAGAGUGUGUUAAGGAGUUUAAAAUGCUCUUGUGUCUUAUGUCUGUAAUCUUCAUAACAAACCCUAUAGCAUGUCAGUAGUAUGUCCAUGUUGCAGAUGGCAAAUUUGAAGUCAAGAGAUUAGUACCUUCCCUAAAGUCACCUACAUAAUUUUUUUGUAUGAGAGAUUUGUGCUGGGAACUUGUUCCUCUUAGUUCAUAUGCUACAGUGACUCUGCUAUCUUGUCAUGUCAAAUAACAUUUCUCACCUCCAGUCCCCAAUGUUAUUUAUUGUUACAUUCUGCACAAAGUCAGCUUGUUUUAAAAUCUACUCAGCAACCCACUCAUGUUUCCUUUAUAUACCAGGCAGGAAACCGGCCCUCUUCCUUGGAGGAAAGUACUACUGUCUUGGUGCAUUCUUUCUUCUGUCUUGUUCCUAGGUGUCAAUUGUGGACAGCGGUGUGCGAGGGACCAUUGCAGUGGGGCUGGUGCCUCAGUAUUAUAGCCUGGACCAUCAACCCGGAUGGCUACCGGAUUCAGUUGCCUACCAUGCCGAUGAUGGCAAGUGAGUUAACUGCUUACAUUUCAGGAGCUUAAGAGCCAUUCCACAUGUUUUUUCCCCUCCAUGGGUGUAAGAAAUAAGUAUGGCCAGUGCUUUGUUUCUAGGGGGACGCAUACCCCUAAACAUUUUGUGAAUCUAAGUGAAUCUAAGGCCUCAUUGAGGGGCAGUCUUUCAAUAUGAGUAGGAAAAUGAGAGUGCCCCAAACAUUUUUUUUUAGAAAAAACCACUGACUAUGGCUGUCAAUUGAUUCAGCAGAAUUUGGUUGCUUCAAUUUGCCAUUCAUAAAAACCAUACUUUUACUUGUUUUUAGGUGAUGCACGUGUGCCGUGGCUGGCUCUCUCCUGCAUGUGAUGGAAUAGCAUGUUCUAAGAUGAAGCAAACUCUUAGAUUUUCAUUUUAAAAUGUUACUUUGAAAUGUAUCAUCUCAUUCAGUGGCCGCCCACCUUGUAGAUCAAAUGGCUUACGCAAGUUAUCUUAUCCUUUAGUUGGCUAAACAUUGCAGCCACUGAAAUAAUUCAGUGUGAACUCUUAUGUGUAACAAUUGCAUGUAUAUCUGACACACACAUGCACACAUGCUCUUAUGUGAGGGAAACUGGAAUUAGAAGCAGUUUUCCAGUGCAUUUACAGUAGGUAAAAUACCCACAUUUUGCAAUGUUCACACAUGGUGGUGUGCAUUCUUUAUUUCCCCCUCUGCUUCUCCUGGUGACAAUGUGCAUUUCUUAAGUGUGUAGUUGCAUCUGAAGGUCUUCUCCUGCUGCACCUACCACCAUAAGAAGGAUAGUUGGUGGCCCCUGGAGAGUGAUGCCCUGCCUGUGAAAUUCCCUCCAGGUCUGGUGUCUGCUUUGCUUUCAUUUUGUUGCUAGGUGAAGACCUUUCCUUUCCCAGGUUGUUAACAUUGCUAACUUAUAAAGCUUCUAAUUCUUUUUGAGUUGUUGUGAGUUCCAUUGCUUGGAAUUGUAUACUGUACUUUGCUUUCUUUUUCUUUUAGAUGACUUGUGGUUUGUUGGUUUUUACUGUUUUGAAAGCUGCCUUAGGAAUGCUGAUUGGCCAUUGAAGGCUGAGGGUAUAUGUUUCAGAAAUAAUAAACAAUUUUUAAAAAGAGCUGCCAGGGCUGAAGUUCCAUGGGAAAUAACUCUCCUCCCCUUACAUCAUAUGCUUUGAAGAGUUGUGGCUCCUCAGUAUUGAGGACUGUGUGUCCAUGCUUGCAUGCACACGGGACUCUUCUCAGAGAAUCUGGGUUGCUUGCUACAGCAGCCAUUCUUGCUUGCUUGCAGAUCUUAAUCUUGUGCUUGAUAGCUCAUGGGGCUGCCAUUCUGUGUUUUGCAACACAGAGGGGAGAGGAGGGAGAGUGACCAGAGGUAGUUGUGUGUGAGGAGAAACCCUGAGGAAGGCAUCCUGGAGGCUUUGCAGGGCCUGACACUCCCCCAUCUUCAGCAACCAUUAUUUUAGAUUUGGAGUUGCUAUCCUCUGGCCCUCCAGGUGUUGUUGGACACCUCCCAUCAGCCAGCAUAGACAGUGGCCAGUGGUUUCUGAAUCAGUCUUCUCCCACUCUAGCAGUGGUCUGCUGUAGGAUGUUGGUGCCUUUCUGAUACCAAUGUGUAAGUAGCCAAUUCUAGAAUACAGAUAAGAUAAUGGGGCUGGGAUUCUGGCUAUGCCCUCUUUUCAAGGGAACUUAGAAGGAUCACUUGUGACAUUUCUGGGUGCUUCUAUUUGGUGAGGAAAUGGAUAGAACUUAGUGUGAAACCUUAAACUGUGGGCUUCCCAAACUCAAAGAGUGUUCUUUAAGAUUAUAGACCUGUUUACUGUUACCCUAUUAGUCUUGUGCAUUAUAAUAUUGUCCAUUUUUCCUUGGAUAAUGACACAUCUUGUCCAUUAAAACUUAUUUCAAGAUCUGCUUGUGUGUUUACCCAUCCAGACUUUACAAUGGCCGAGCCAAGGGCCGUCAGUUUGGGACAAAAUGUAGCUCUGGGGACCGAAUCGGCUGUGGGAUUGAGCCAGUAUCUUUUGAAGUCCAGACAGCUCAGAUAUUCUUCACCAAAAAUGGAAAGAGGGUAAGUUUGGUAGCUUCUUUGUUGGGGGUUAAAGGAGGCAUUGCCCCAGGGCACAUCCUGAAGGCACAUAAUGCAGCAGCCUUGCUGAAACUAAGCAGGUCUGGGCCCGGUCAGUUCCUGAAUGGGUGGCUUCCUGGUAACCCCAUGGAACCCCAAGGAAGAAACAUGGAUAUAUAAAUGAAACAGAAAAUAUAGUAUUUUCCCCUCCCAGAGAAACAUUAGCUUCCCCGAGGCCACCUAUUGAGUUGAAUGAAAUGAAAUUUGACCCAGGGAACUCCUGGCUUACAUACUUGGAGUCAUCUGUCACAUAUUAAAAGAGAAUGAGGCGAUGGAAUCCUGGACUGUACCAACCUUGAUUUGCGAGUGGAAUUUCGUUUUUUAACUCUUCCCCAUGUAAAAUAACCCCCUCCUUGCAUGUAGAGAACUUAGCACAUCAAGGGGAGACCCACGCUGUACCUUUUGCUCCACCUUGCUAGUUAUCUAAAUACAAAGGGGUUUUUUUAAAAAAAAUAUAUCUCCCCCAUCCCAACAGUCUGAAGUGGUACAGUCCAAGAACUCUGCCAACUCACUCUGCCACUUCAUUCUGUGCAAUCUGUAGAAUGGUUCUUGGCCAGUUCGCUACACUGAUGUGUUCUGGAAAACAGAAGCAGCGCUAUGUAUAACAGAGAGAUUGGCUUCCUCCCACAGGUGGGCUCCACUAUAAUGCCACUUUCCCCAGAGGGGCUCUUCCCAGCUGUGGGAAUGCACUCACUUGGGGAAGAGGUCAGACUCCAUCUUCAUGCGGAGCUGGGCAAUGAAGAAGAGGACGACAGCAUCAUGAUGGUGGACAGCUAUGAGGAUGAAUGGGGCCGACUGCACGAUGUGAAAGUGUGUGGCACAGUGAGUGAGCAUUUCUUGGAGGGGUGGGGUGUGAUGGAUCUCCUGGGUAAGGCACCUGUGCUUUGGGGGAAAGCCUCAAAAACCCACCCAGAGAACAGCUACUUGCUCUCUGGAGUGUGUAUCUGGGUGGGAGGCAGGGAUAUCCUAUCCUCUAUAGACUUGUCCAGCCCCAUGAAUAGUUGUCAUUCAUCCCAGCUGCAAAUUUGGGUGAUCAAGCACCUCUCAGUUCUUAAACAAAGUGAUGCCAACCAAAAAUAGGGUGGUUGUUUCUUUAUACUUGGGGGACACUCUAGAUCAGGGUCUCCAGCUGUUAUUAGACUAUAACUCCCAUCAUCCCUAGCUAGCAGGACCGGUGGCAAGGAUGAUGGGAACUGUAGUCCAAAAAUAGCUGGAGACCCAAGUUUGGGAAACCCUGCUCUAGAUAUACAGUAAAUGUUUAACUGUCUAUGUUUAAAGCUGCUUAAACAAUCUGGUAAAGAAUGCUGAGUUUCGAGGAAUCAUGGGGUGUUGAGGUUCCAGUUUAAGGGUGUGGGAAAGGAGGAAAGGAGAAAGGAAGGAAUAACAGGGAAUUGGCCUCCCUAAGUCCCUAAUAGCUUUUUGUAAGUAUAUUGAAGAGGGGAUUAAGGUUGGGGGAGAUGGUUCAAAAAAGUAUAUUUCCUUGCACCGUACAGGGAACGUCAGGAGUCAGGAAAGGAAAAAUGACUCCCUUCGCCUCUCCAGACCCACCCUCCCCCAAACACAGACAAACACAGACACAUAACCACCCCAAGUUCAGUGCUGUCAGACAGCUCUAAAUCAGAUCCCUCUACGUCUUCAUAGCACAGCAGGGGAAGUACUCACGCAGGGCAGGACAAUCAAGGUGUCUUAUCUCCCUGCUUCCACUCACUUCCCUGAAUAGUACAAGUUCCAAGCUGGCCAGAACCCUCAAUAGCUUGUUAGGAUCAGGAUGCGUUGCAAAGUUCUGUUGCAGGCUCCACUUCUUUAUUCUCUGCAUGUACCUUUGAUUAUUGGUUGUUGAGGACAAAUUGGCAGGGGGAGGGGUGUGAUUACUGUCCUGUCCUGCUUUAUGAGGUUCCCAGUUUUGGUAAUAGAAUGCCAGAAGCGUUUAGAUGCACUGUUGGCCUUAAUCUGGCAGGCUCACUUACAUGAAAAAGACGCGUGCCUUUUUUCACUUGGUGAUGAAGAUCUGCAAUCAUGUUGGGGAGGUAACCAUGUGGACUGCAUAACUCUUGCUGGUACCUCUCAGCUUCAGUGACUGGUGGGGGAGAUUCAGUACAAGCUGAAAUGCCAUGUCUCUGUGUAUUAGGAGAAGAUGCACUUGGCCUAAAGCCAGUUUGCACUAACCAUUCAGCAAAGCGUGCUCUAGGGCAGAGGUUUUCAGUCUUUUUGAGUCCAUGGCUCCUUUGACCAAGUUCAUUUUUCUGCAGCACCCCAUGGGGCUCAGGAGUCCAGGAAUGUCAUCCCUUGCCUGCAGAGCUGGCAGCCUCUCACCAUUUUUUGAACACCCUCCCUUGUGGAGUGUUCCUUCAGCCUUCUCUUCUCUCCUUUCUCCUUGGGAGUCCUCUGGGCAGCCGCUGCUGCCCCCCCCACCCCAAAGAGAGGUGUCUCCUCACACUGCCCCACAGGGGCCUAGGACUUGUUUGUCCAUUCCCAACAGCAAGAGCUGGCGGACUGGCUGGCUGGGCUCGCUUGCCUGCUUGCUUGCAUGCUCCAAAGCUGCCUCAGUUCUUGGCAACCAGCACUCCCUGGCCAGGCCCAUAGGCACCAUAGGCCUGUGGAGCUUGUAGCCAGGGCUGCUGCAACAAACAGCCACGCAAGCCUUUGGGAAGCAGAGUCUUGAGAGGGCAUCAAAGGAGGGAGGGAGGGAGGGAAGGAAGGAAGGAAGGAGGGAGGGACAGAGGCCGGUGUUGCCCAUGUCACCCUGAUGAUAAUUCAAGGCACCCCAGGGUGCAACGACACACUGGUUGAAAACCGCUGCUCUAAAGCCUGGAGUGUGUGGCUUUGCUCCUCUGAAUUCUCUGUUAUUCCAAAAGUGGCCUCAUUUCCUCAUGAGAUAGCAUAUAUGGUCAGUAUAUACUGAUUGCUGUGCAGGAUGUAGAAGAGCAGAAUAACUAGGAUGCUGAAGUGUGGCAUUGCCAGGAGAAGGAAAGAGGGUCUGCUUGGGCAUAUGGGAGUGCUGGAAAAGGGAGCGGGUGGGUUGGAGGCAGGUACAGGGCUUAAGGGUGCUGACAAAAUAAUGGACUUAUAUGGAUUUAGUGAUGGAUCUUGAACCUGUCUUCCCUCCUUCCUGCUUAAUUUUCAGGCUGGCUUCUUAGUUUGUGAUCAGUUCUCUAGAAAUCCAAAAUAGAGCCGUCUGGGCCUGAAUCUGCUCUGCAUCUCCCUCCAGUGCAGAGUGGGUGAGCAGCCCAGUAACCCAGCAGCACUCUUCUUGCUUGCUCUCCUCUCUAGGGGCCCUGACUACGCACAUGGUGUCCUGAGACUCCUUGUGUACUUGUUUUAGAAGCAUUUUUUCUGUCUCCUGUGGGCUCAGAUUGAUGCUUGGCAGCAUGUGAAGAGAAUCUGCUGAAAUCCCAAGGGCUGGGCAGAGUACACCAGCCUUCCCUCCCUCGGGGCGGCAGGAUAGGAAGAUAGGAAGUGGGGUCCAACUAUCUGCUCAACAAUACUUUGAGCACAUGCCUCAUAUGUUCAGUAGCACUCUCCCCUUCAUAUAUUCUGACCCAUUCUGGGAGCUCUGCUUUCAGAGUUCCUGUUCCUUGUGUUCACACCACAUUCUUUCACUUUGUUUUUGGCUGGGCACCUCCCAGAUGUAAUGCUGCAGCCUGUUGUACUAAGUCAGGGUGAGGAGCCCGUGGUUCUCCCAUAUGUUGUUGGAUUCCCAGCUUCUUUAAUCUCUACACAGCAUAGUCCAGUGGUCAGGGAAGAUGAGAGUUGUAGUCCAGCAACAUCAGGAGUGCCAAAGAUGCUCUGCCCCUGUGCUAAGUGGUGGUGACUCCUUGUGACGCGGAUAUGCACAUUGUCUGUUGUUGGUUCUACUGCUGCAAAAGGAGGCUUUGGUGAAGAUGUUUUGGUUUAAUCCCUUGCUAAUGCUGAUUGUGCUAUUAUUUUCUCCCAGAAUUUCUCAUCUGGCUUUCUUGCUGUUCAACAAAUGAAGGCCUAGCUCUCACUGUGGUGGCAAACCUGACUGUUGGUGUGAUGUAGAUCUGUAUGGUCCAGUCUACCUCCAUACAAAAAAAAGUUUUUAAAAACAAAUAUUUCCCUGUAUAUAGAAAACAGAAUCUUGGGGGUGUGCAGAGGAUUUUAUUUAUUGUAUCUAUUAAAAUCACUUUGUGAGAAUUAGGCUGAAAUAAUCUUGCAGUAUGUGCCUUUGAGUUCACGGAAUGUUCCUAGGAUGAAGAGGUGGCCUUUGGGUGCCAAACAGGCAUUAUAUCAAAGUUUUGUACUGGAGUCAUUUUUAAAUGGCUAUUUAAGAACCUGAAGCCUCGGAUCAGUUACUAGUUGAUUUGAUGUUGUGCCACCUAGAAUCUUGCUCUAUGACACUAGUUUGAAUCUCAACUCAGAUAAAAAGUUCACUGGGUGACCUUGACCUAGUUCCCUUCACUCAGCCUAACAUACCUCACAAGCUUGUUGCCAGACUAAAAUGGGACAGAGGCUUAUGAUCCUCACACUGAGUUCCUUAGAAGAAGGGUGGGAUAAAAAUGUAAUAUUACCAGCACACAAACUUGACGCUCCCCAAGUCUCACAUGGGAUAUUGGUAGGGCAAUGUCUACUCUGGCCACAAAAAAUAAUGUGCAUAAGCACCAGGGAAAGCUGACUUGUGCAACUGGUGCGGUUUUUGCAGAUGGAGAACCUCUGCAUGGAUAUUACUAUUUUAUAAAAUGCUACUGGUUUUGCGAGUAGUGAGGAAUGGCAAGGAGUUACAGAUUUCCAUUGGUGGGAGAAAACAUUAAGUCUUCCUCUCACAUUCCAGCUGCUGUAAGCUCUAGUUGUGAGUUGAACCCUGUGUCCAACAAUAUGCAUUUCUUUUCCAUUACUUAAAGAAUUGUAGCACACACCUAGUCCUGGAUAUUGACGUUCAUGUGAGUUGGGUUUAUCAGCAUAUUUCAGUCACUGUUCUUGCAUUCAAAUCUCUUUCCCAACAACACGAGGGCUAGAAUCAUACAGACUUGUUUUCUGCUGGAUGCCAGAAACUGGAGUCCUCAGGAGUUAACUAGAGCAAGCUUCUGUGUUUUUGCAGUGGUGCAGAAAACGAUUGUCUCACACUGGAAUGUUUCUUGCAUGGCUGUCAGUGUUGACCAUUGUCACUCUUGGCCUUGAACCAUCUGGGCCAGAUGUUCACCCAGCUUCAUUUGUGAAAGCUUCCAGUGAUAGAUUUGCUUAUCUUGCCUGCUAAAGUUGCCCUGUUGCCUAAUGCUGUCGUUGUUAACAGAAUAUAACUUGGGGUGGGUGGGGGAAGGGCCAUCUAUAAUUUUAAAAUGGUUCUCAUUCUGUCCUUCCCAUAGCAGCCGUAAGGGAGCCAUUUGGCACCCACAACCCUUCAGCAGCCCAGUGCGUAUUACUGAAUCCUGCAGUCUUCUAUGCAUUCAGAACACCAAGUUCUUCUGACCUUGAUAGUAUUCUUAUCCUUGGAAAUAAGUCAUGGUUGGGGAGCUGCUGGAUAACAUGCAUUAUGUGCAUAAAGUAUAUUUCCUUCCCCCCUUUAAAAUUAUAUUUUAUUGAACAAUUUCAGAAAGUGAUGUAUUUGAUAUAUAUCAAGCAUGUGUUGGAGAAACAGGAAUACUACAAUUGCAAAAUGCAUAAUAUAUGAUAAACCAUAAUUCUGGGACUCACUAGGAAAUCAUCACUUAAAAUUCUCAAGGUAAUAAGAGAAACACCAAAAAAGCCUUUUCAUCUCUAACAUGGAAUGCUUUAAUGCAAUAUUAAUAUAAUGCAGAGUCCAUAAAUUAAGCAAUAUAAGAAACCUUUUCCAUUUCUCUCUUGGGCAUCAAUAUCUGCUUACGCAAAUGAUUGAUGGACAUUAAUUUCUCAAGUUUUCAUGCUUCUUGAACUUGUUUGAUAAGUUUAUGCAUAUUGGCAAAAUUCCAAAAUUUAUAAAGCCUUUCCUCCCACCAUUGUGCAAUGCAGGGUUUUUUUGUUUUUGCAGAUAUAGCAUCUGCAUUACUUCUAGUGAGACAGGGAAUGCAUUAUGGAGAUAACACACACUGAGGAUUCUUGUCUUGUGGGCUGAUCUUUAGGAAACCAGAGUUCUAUAAAUCUGCAAGUUUCUAUACUACUUUUUGUUUGUGUGACACUUUCAAAAGGUUCUGUUGAAGGCUGUGUGUUGCCCACUUCCUGUAUCCCUGCCCUCUUUAGGCCCCUUCUGCAGGAUCUCUUCAAAAGCUUUUCUUUUCUGUUGAAUCAGAGAUGAUAAACUAGUGGCAGGCAGGCUGCAUCUGGCCCCCAGCACCACCAUUAAAUCUUAAUCCAAGGUGUGGUUAACAGAAGAACAUUGUUCAGACAGUUUCAUCUGUAAUGAAAGUUUUUUAAAAAAAUCUAAUGGGGUGUAGAUUUAUUGUAUUGCUAACUCUUUUGCAAAGGACUGUUGGCAGUUUGCCUCUUAAAGUGGUCUUUCCGGAAGCUCAUUUGUUUCCAUGUGUAGCCUUGCACCCAAGAAAUUGAUCACAUAUGUCCCCAGACAUUGGAUGCAGGUGAUAAGAUUGACUUCUGCAAGACGCAGGGAAUUUCUUUUUAAAAAUACUCAUAGCAAGAAGCUUGGUGCCAACCUGCAUUUAAUAACUCUCCCAGGGUACAAAGAUUUAUGUCCAUGCAAGUGAAUGUCCUGGGGUGUGUGCUAGUCAUGGAGGAAGGGUCUUCCAGACCUCUGCAAAGCAAAGAACAUGAGUGGCCAUACAAGUUUGAGAGCGAAGGAGUCAUCUCAAGGUGAUGCCCACAGUACACUCAAUAUUUCAAAUGUGCUCACGAAUCCAAAAGGUUGGCCACCGCUACCCUAGCAUAAGAACAUAGGAGCCUUGUAGAUCAGACCAAAAGUUCAUCUCAUCUAGCACCCUGUUCUCACAGUGGCCAACCAAAUGCCCCUUGCAAUCUUGUAAACAGGACAUGCCACUGGCAUUUAGAGGCAUGUUACCUCUGAUAUGGAGGUAUUACACAAACAUCAUUACUAAGAGCCACAAAUUCAUGUAAGAUAGCCUGCUGUUAAAGCCCUCCAAACAUGUAGGAUUAAAACUUACCUGACAGGCAUGACAUGUUCUGUGGUGGUUGAGUGAUGCCACCAAAAAGGGCCUUCCUGUGGCAGGUUACUCCCCUUUCCAGCUGUAGCACAUGCAGGUCACUGCCACAUGAAUGGAUGCCAUUACAUUUUGGAUCUUAACACACUACUCCCCCCCAUGUCAGCCUGGAACACGGAGGGGUGGAGACUCACACCCUGAGGGCAAAGUUUGCACAGUGAAUAAUGAUGAAUGUUACAGCCAGGUUGGGCUGUGUACCUCCAGGAGGCUUCAUGGUGACAAAAGCAUGUGCUCUGCCCUGAGGCUUAAAUUAUAGAGGCCCCCAAAGCUGUUAUCUGGAAAUGAAGAAGCUUCACAGUGGGGUGACGGCACUGCAGCUUUUCCCUUUGUAACAAGAUGCUGUCCCAGGCUCUCAUCUGGUGUUCUUCAGUAGAGAACAUCUGAGGACAUGCCAGAGAGACAUUCCAGACCUUUUCGUGAAAGAGAGCCAGCUGUUCCACCAGCAGAUUAAAACGGUGACUGGAGGUCAGCCCCUUAAAGCCAAUAUUGCUUUGGUUGAUGUAUUUGCCCCAACCAAGACUCUGGGUUUUCUGCUGUUUCCAACUCUAUCCUGUAUACUGUCUGGCUGCUGCAUUAUACCACAAAUAUCUGAACAUUGUACUCUUCUGUUAGACAGAGCUGGAAGGGGAAAGGUAGGGUGUGGCCAUGUUAAUGGGAUCUGUCGCCCUUCGUAUUUUAAAAUGCCUUGAUGCUUUUGGCUUGCGUUCUUCCUCCUUGUCUCCUUCCCCCCAAUCUCUUGAACAGUACAGAAACAGCGAUAAAAUAGAUAGCAACACAUGAAAAAUGUUUGUUGAGUCAUGACCACCACACUGAGUGCCUUUAUUCUAUAAGCUUGGUCCUUCUAUCCAAGAGAAAUUGGAGUGCAUUUUAAUGUUCACAUAAACUGGCUUGGAUCCUUAAAUAUGUUAAGGAAGUUUAUGGAAAGAAAGUUUCUCGUGCCCCCCCCCCAAGCAUCCCUGAAUGGUCGGGAUGGACCUCCUGCACAACAGGUAAUGCUUUUUUCAUGAACUUCCAUAAGUUAGGCUACAAUCCUAACACCACUUAAUAAGCCCUGUGUAAUUCAGUAAGACUUACUUCUGAGUAGACAUACCGUUUUGGCCCAAAUAUAAGCCAUACUUCCCCCCCCCCAUUCCAACAGUGAAAAGUUAAAGUGCAGCUUAUAUUCAUGACCUUACGCUGCUGGCAAAGCGGCGUGGCUCCCCUCCCCCAAGGAAGCAGCCCGGGAGCGCAGAGCAAUGGCGCCCAGCUCGCCCGCCGCUCCCAAGCCUCCCCCGAGACGUCGGAAUGAGGGGGGGGGGAGGCCGCCAGCAAAGCAGCGCUGCUCCCCCACCCCCAGGUAGCAGCCCAGGAGCACGGGGGAAUGGUACCUGUAGGAUUUUCUUCUAUAUUUGCCAUUUAUGGGUGUGAGUGCCUGCAGAAUUUUAAGGGAGCGGCUUAUAUUCAGGUUUGAAGGUGCAGCUUAUUUGCAGGUACAGCUUAUAUUUGGGCCAAUACAGUAGUUAGAAUUGUGUUGUUAACUUAAUAUUUUCAAACUAUACACUAGGGAACUGGUAGAAAAUACAGCAGCUAGACAACUGGCACCAAAUACAGGGAACUGUGAUUAUCUCCCACUUUGUUUCCCCAGCAGAAAUUAAAGCACAUGUUGCAAACCUUCCUCGGGACAGAAUUCCAAAGUGCACGUGUGUGUGUUGGAGGGGCUACCACCAAGAACCUCUUUGUUUCUGUUGGCUGCCUAUCUUGCUUCUACUGCGGUAGGACAAGAAUAGGGACCUCUGAGGGAUAUUUUAAUGUGGAGGCAGGCAGGUAGGAGAAAGCCGCCCUUAAAUUACCAAGUGGUCCUAAGUGGUUUAGGGCUAGAGAGAUGUAACUAAGCAACCGCGUGUGGUCAGUGCAGAGGCAGUUCAGAUAUUCAGUUGUGUAGCAUCUUCUGAUAAGGGUUGGGGGAUAUAUCUAACCACAUGUGGCAAUUGGGCCAGAGACACUGAACUGGUCGCUGGGGACGGGGUUGUUAACUGUGUUAGCAUUGAUGAAUUGGAAGAGCCUCAAAAAGAUUCCAUUGAGCACAUGGAUUGAUAAUAUGGACAGACUAGCUACAUACGAACAAAUUGCAUGUCGACACAAAUUAAGAAUAGAUAAAUACGAAGAAAUCUGGAAGGAAUAUUUAAGCGAUAAGGCAGACAGUGGUGGGAAGUAGGGGGAGGACAGGUGGGGAAAAACCGUUAAAAAGGUGUAGUCAUAGGUAUGUUGUUGUUGUUUAGUCGUGUCUGACUCUUCGUGACCCCAUGGACCAGAGCACACCAGGCACUCCUGUCUUCCACUGUCUCCCGCAGUUUGGUCAAACUCAUGCUGGUAGCUUCGAGCACACUAUCCAACCAUCUCGUCUUCUGCCGUCCCCUUCUCCUUGUGCCCUCCAUCUUUCCCAACAUCAGGGUCUUUUCCAGGGAGUCUUCUCUUCUCAUGAGGUGGCCAAAGUAUUGGAAUCUCAGCUUCAGGAUCUGUCCUUCCAGUGAGCACUCAGGGCUGAUUUCCUUCAGAAUGGAUAGGUUUGAUUUUCUUGCAGCCUUCUUUAUGGUCCAGCUCUCACUUCCAUACAUCACUACUGGGAAAACCAUGGCUUUAACUGUACGGACCUUUGUUGGCAAGGUGAUGUCUCUGCUUUUUAAGAUGCUGUCUAGGUAUAUCAGUAUUCAAAUCUGAAUUGUCAAAUUGUGUUAUUAGUGUUAUUAUGGUUUUUGUUGUAUGUGUCUUUUGCAGUUGUUGCAAAAAUGAUUAAAUAAAUUUUUUAAAAACUGUGUUAGCAUUGCCUGAUACUCUGAAGUUCAGCUGAUUCCUGGGGUUCUAAUAGCUGAGGGUAUUCUGGUUUUCUAUUUAAAGUAGUUUUGUUAUUUUAUGUUGCAACAGAAAACUAACAGCUUUGAUGAAUAUAGGUGUUCUGAUGUUCUUGCCAUACUACAAAUUUUCCUUUUUCAGAAUAGCGGUUACCAUUUUGAUAACUACUAUUCAUCCCAAGCAAGUGAGCUAUGGUUGCCUCCAGUUCUGAGCUCUGCUUUCAGUGCUCUCAGAACAGGAUUGUAGUUUCAAGUCUUUGGGAAUAAUGGUCCCUGAGAGUCAAAGAGAAUCAAGGAAUUGUAGAGUUGGAAGGGAACACGAGGAUCAUCUAGUCCAACCCCCUGCAGUACAGGAAUCUUUUUGCCCAAUUUGGGGAUCAAACCCACAACCCUGAGAUUAAGGUCUCAUGCUCUGCUGACUGAGCUAUCCUAGCUAUCUAAUGCUGUUGGGUGUAGCUUCAGACCAGCAAUAUGCUGCAGUACUUGCCCUAAUGAGACGUUGAUACAUAGCUAUCCUAAAUCAGUGUUCUUAGUUUAUUUGGAAGUUCUUUGGAAUUCUUCCUGUCAUUUGAGUUGCAAGAUUGCUGAGACUGGGGUGCUUAGAUAUAGCAAAAUACCAACUGUGGUGUGCUCCUACCCAAUUGUUGUCCCCCCCCCUUAAUCUCUUGAGCUGUCCUGAUUGUCAUUCAGGUCCCACUAUCGUCAGUCAGGCUCCACUAUUAUCUAUCUGUUACUUUGUUUAGACUGCCUCCCAGCACCACCACAGUUGGAAUUGGCAUCAGUUUGGCUAAGACUCCCUCCAGGAUUUUUGUUGUUAUUACUGCUGUUUGGACUGUAUAGUGACCCAAGAAUUAAUGGUCCAUCCUUCAACUCCUUCAUAUCAGCCCCUGGGGUCUUUGAGUACAUUCACUGACAUGCCCUUUUCUGUGCACAUCAGGAAGACUAAUCCUUCUACUUUUGAGGAGCCUGGUACUACAAAAUAAUUCAGUGAUCCAUUUGCCUUUAAAGUUAUUACUCAGUUGCUUUUUUAAAAAAUAAAAUGUGUCUCCAGAAGAAAGACUAGUGUCAGGACAAUUUUUGGUCCGAUGUGCACUGGGCCUUUUGACAGGGUUCUCCAGGACCUUUGACCUUCAGUGUAACAACUCUAAUAUCACCAGCAUUCUGGUUUCUCCACCUUUGUUGGCUAAACCGACUCAAGGAAGUAAAAAACAAAAACAAAAUCCUGUGAUUGAAAAUGUCAAAUGUUCACACACAGAGAAUAAAAGAUUAAGCAAUAUAAUAUUUAAAGCAAACAUGUGACUGCGGAUGUGCACUGCAUUAGACGGUUGUAGUUUAUUUGGCAGAGCACCACCUGUGCCAGGAAUUGCAGUGGGGAAAGUUGUUGCCAUUCAUGAGAGCAGGCACAGAAAGAGUUGUGCUCUUCUCCUCUGUCAUUGGUGCUUUAGCAUACCCAUACCUCUAAAAAUUCUUAUCUGGAAUAAUAAGAACUAGAAACUUCUUUAUUUUUCUUUUAACAAUACCUCUGAUUCUCAGAAGUCUGGUGGAAGUACAAUGUUUUUGUGUUUGGUGUGUUCUUUGAAACAUUUUGCACAGGAUUGAGGUUUGACGUUUGUCAUUUAUGAGGUGAUGGCAGCCACAGAGAAGAAUAGCUUCCUUCUAACAAAGGUGAAUAGAAAUAACUGGAUUCACCUGGGUGACUCAGCAGAAUAAGUCUCACAAGCUUACAUUUGUUGCGCAGAUGGCCCAGAUCAGUGGUCUUGAUAUGGAGGGUCAGGACUAUGGGGGUGGUAAGUUGGCUUUAAACAGUUAAGUGUAACUCCAAACUCUGCAAAUUUGAUUAUGAAAGACUCUCCCUUCAGCAGCACCAUAAUAUAUGGUGCAUUGGCUUGGAGUUGGGCCUGUCUUAUUCAGGAUUCCUUGCUUCCAUCUACCCCACCACAAAAUGGCCUUUGCUGGAAUUAACUUGGGGUUUAUUAAGGACGAAUUUUUCUCAGCCUGCCCUGUAGACUCUGCUCUGCCUAAAUCUGGAAUGUGCUACCAGUUUUAAGUUCCUUCAGCUGUUGUUGGCUGAGCAUACGGCUCAUGUGACCAGCAGAAAGAGCGGGGCCUACAUCUGCUUAUCUAAGAGGUUCACCUGUUUGUCUUGGAUGCUCUCGUUGCUUGGCCAACAUGGUGUUGCCUUCAUCUGCUGGAAGCUUCCCCUUAUAAACUAUGGUCUGAAGUAAAAUGCCAUCAGGAAGGGCUCUGGGUGGAAUUUCUUUUUCAUAAUUGUGAGUCUGGUGGAGGUGCAACUUUGGGCUAAGUGUUAAAGGAGAGACAGGCCUCUGAUGGCUCAACAAAUCCUUUUUGUGUGUAGCUUCACAAGUGGUUGGGGUGGUUAAUAACGGAUCCUCCCAUUUUCAGAACUAGUAUAUCCUCGACUUACCGGAUACUAGGAACAGACAGAGUGCCACUAUAUUUCCAUUAUGCCCCAGUCUGAGCUUCUCAAAGAUAUUUGGCUGGGAGAAAGAAUGUUGGACUUAGGUGGACCUGUGGUAUGAUCCAGCAGAGUUGUUUGCACAUUCUUAACCCUAUGCCUGAAAUGGAAGCCAUUGCCCACAGAGGCCUUACAUAAGCCCUUGUUUUCUACAUGCCUAUCCCCUGUCCCAGUCUGAGAUGUGGACCUUCCCUGGCCCAGACAGCUCCCCCCGCUCCCUGCAAGAACAGGGAAGCCAACCAUUUACAGUUCCUCUCUUAUUUCAAAAUUAUCCCUUGCCUUUCCCCACUUUAUGCAGCUGUUUUCACUCCUAGGGUCUUCUGCCAUUCAAGAUUUAGGUUCCUUUUUCAUGGUUAAAAUGGAUGAUUGCCUUUUCUUCUGAGUAAGCUUAAUUUUUUGUGACUGCAGAACCCUCCCCCAAAAUGCUGUAUUCUGGUACUUACAUAGCCUUUGCACUGUUGAUUUAAGGGGAAGGUAUCUCAUGUGCCCUCAGAUAAUUGUACUUUAUUUUUAGCUGAGAAAUGUAUGGGUGGGUGGGGGGGAGAGAAUUGAGCAUAGGUGGAAGAAUUGUUAGCCAUUCUAGGCUGUGGGAGAAUUCUCCACUCUGAUCCUGGAUAGACAAAAACCAUCCAUGGAAGCUUCCCACAAUGCAGCUUUAGCAAUGUAUAAACCCACACCAUCCUGAUUGCGGAGCAACACCAAAAGCAUGUAUUGCUUAUGGUGAUUUGGAAUUUGUUAAGGGUGUUUAGAUGAGACAUUUUCAGACCACAGAAGGGAUUUGCAGAAGCGCUCCUUUCCUAUUGUUCUAGUGUGUGAAGCAGUCCUCUGAGAUGAAGCCCUGAACUUUCAAAAGAUGCACAGAACUGCUUAGCCUGAGUUUGGACCCAGCCAAACGGGUUGAGGACUGCUGGAUCCUUCCAGGACAACCUCUUUCCUCUUUCUGUCCUUUGAAUUGCAGUGCCAAAUUCACCCACAUAAACUCCCUCUCUUUCCUGGCUCUUUCCCUGGCCUGAUGGAAAAAUAAAAUGCAUAACUUGCAUUCUUCCUUUGGACAAUUUAAUAUUUUGUUUAUUAAAAGCCCACUCUUCAAAGGCUGGGCGUGGGUUUUCGGCACGCUGGCAGAGUGGGAGGUAGGCCUGGAUUUGCUGUGCGUCUCUUGAAAGUGAGUGUGUGUCUGUUUUUUCAAAACUGGUUGUCUUGGAAUUUUGGAUGUCUGAGUUGCAGUAGCCUGAAGCCAUCUAUUUUCCUAUGGUCACCCUCCUGUAGUAUUAGAAGUCUGUCUCUUUUUUCUUGCCCUUUUCUCUUUUUUUUUUGGUUAACUAGCUUUUGAAUUUGUACUUGAUGGGGUCAUUGAACAAUACUAUUCUCAGCUAGGAAUUUCCUCUGGAUUUUUUAAAAAAGCAUUUUCUCCUGUAUAUUGCAUUACGUCCCACUUCAGUGUGUUUCUGACUGAAGAAAUCCAGCAGCAUUAGUCCUUUUCAUGAGCCUGAGUUUUCUGUCCCCAGCAAGUAAGCCCUGAGAUAAAAGUCAACAUCACCAGAUCUUGAGGGCAGAAGUCAGCAGCCUCAGGCAUUCCGUUAGUCUUUUCAGGAAAGCCAGCAUGGAAACUGUUUCCUAAAGGGCCAGUCACCAUCCAGGCUUUGUGCCGGCCUGUUGCACCAAGGUGGCAGCUGGCCGUUUUUGGUGGAACUGCCACCCUUUUUUUCUAGGGAGCUUAUAUCUGUGCCUUUAACAGCUGCAUGACAAAUAAUUUACAGGUGCAGCUUUUCAUGAGGAAAAGAAGACUGGAAAACAUUGCCUAGUGAACUUCUCCUUAUUGUGCUGCUAUGAAAGGCAUGACAGUGUUGCUUAACAGUCUGUUCUUCUUCAGGCCGCUGGGAACUUGCUGGCUCUUUCAUAUGUUUUCUUGAAAUAUUAAUGAAAUCCUUCACCCCGGAUGCCUUUUUAGAAUCCUGUUUUUCAGGAAAAAAUCCUUAAACCUGCCAGGAAAGUGAAGUUCUGUGACCUGAACAGACUAUGCAAAUUCUCAGUUUUCUGGCAGAUUUGGUACAAUUUCCAUUCUGGUUAUAAUGAGAGAAGGGAAACUAUACAGAGGCUGAAUCACUUCACCUCUUCAAAACACACCUCAUGACAACAGACAUUGCCUUUAUAUGGUCUAAAGUUUUAUUUUCAACAUGAUAGGGGCUAGAAACUUUUUAAAAAAAUAAAAUAAGAUAAAAACUCAGACUCCCAGGAUGUCAGGUUCAAAAGUCUAUACUUGCAUGUCACAUUUGUGGAGACGCCAUUCAUCUUCAUAGGUUUUUCUGUGAGAAGUGCACCUUAUCAGCCCAUGUCUCUGUCCAGGUCCGCUUCAUAUAGUGUGUUUUGACACCAGGUCAUUUUUCCUUCCCGCUUCCAGAAACAUAUGCACAGUGACUGCAUCAACAGUACCAGUAGGAUUGUUGUUAUUUGUAUCCUGCCCUUCCUUCUGAAAGGAGCCCAGGAUGGCAUACAAUAAAAUACAAAUACAAUCAUUAUAAUAAAUCAGAACAACUUUAAACAACAAUAACAGUAAUAUAUCACUAAAAAUUCUUGGAUACCUACAGCAGGUAAUGGAUAUCAGAUUGAUAACAAUCCCCUGCUACAAAGGUGUGUCUCAAAAAUAUGUUUGAUUAGUGACAGGUUGAGUGGGAGAUGGACUUUUAUGGGAGGGAGUUCCACAACUCAGGGGCCACCACAAAGAAGACUCUGUCCUGUGCCUACUAGCUGUACCAUGAACAGGGCCUCCAUCGCAGAUCUGAAGGGACAGGAUAGCUAGUACUGGAAGAGGCUCUUCUUUAAGUACUUGGGCCACAUGCAGUUUAGAACUUUAAACAUGAAGGCCAACACCUUGAAAGGGCUCAGUAGUUUGCAGCAUUUUAAGCUGCUCUGCUCAGCAGCUGCUAAGCCACAUUCUGCUGUAGCUGCAGCUUCCAGAGUAUAAGGUGUCUUCAAGGGACACCUCAUGUAGAGAGCAUUGCGGUACUCCAUUUGUUAUCUAAACCCAGAAACAGGCAAACAUGAGGUGUACAACAGGUUUUCAUCUGUGCCAUUUAUUUCAUUCUACAAAUCAUCUCUAUCGUAUUCCGCACCUGGCAAGCUUCUCGAAUUCCUGUGCUUCAGUUAAGGCCCAGGGAAAGCCCUCAUCAGGUAACUCCUGCCUGCCCAGGGCUUUUUCAGAUGAGAGAAAGUGCAGCCAGUCAGGGGGGCUACAGAGUGCUGGAUAAUUGUUUACUGGGAAGAAAUACCCCCACCCCAGUCUUGGCCACCUCACAACAAUAAGCUUAAGACUGCACUCCCACCAAAAUCCUAAAGAAAUUCUGAAGUGUCCUGAGAAUGAGGCAGAAAAAAGCUGAAACCUCUUUUGCAAGGGAAGAAAACCUUUGAGAAACUGGAUGACAUAUUUCAGCACAGCGCUAGGGUGGCAGGGCAGCACAAAAUAGAAGCUUGGGGCCAUGAAGAUCAGGUGGGGUGGGGCUGCCUGGCCCAAGCCUGUUCCUGUUUCAGGCCUUCUGUACUUUUGAUGACUGAAUGGAGUUCUUAAAAGGCCUGCCAUUAAAAGGGGAUUAAAGUGCUUUCUAAAGACAGCCCUGGCAAGUGAUUCAUCAGGGCUAGGUGUAAACACACCUUGCAUAUUUACCCUGUUUGUCUGCUCUUUUGCCAAAGGGGCUCCUGGAUAUAUGCCUGUUCCUGCCCUAGUUGGUCAUCUUUCUUAUUUUCUUAAAUUUAUAUCCCGCCUUUUCAUCUUGCCAAGGAACUUAAAGUGACAUACAUAUGGUUCUCGAGACCAGACCUGCUUAGUUUCAGCAGACCGAUGGUCCCAUGUACUUUCUCAUUGAUUGAUUUGGGGCUGGCCCAUUAUGGAAUGGUAAGGUGGCCUGCCACUGGGGCAGAUUUUGAAGUAUAAUUUAAAGGGCAGAAAAUAAGUUCGCCUUUAUUUGCAUUACAUGCCUAGAUCCAGAACUGAAACGUGGUUUUUAGGACAACGCUAAAGACUUAGCCGAUAGUCAGGGAUGUUUGGAGUCUAACAACAUCUUGAGGACACCACAUUGGCUACCUCUGUUCUAUAGGGUAAAGGUAAAGGGACCCCUGACCAUUAGGUCCAGUUGUGGCCGACUUUGGGGUUGCAGUGCUCAUCUUGUUUUAUUGGCUGAGGGAGUCGGCAUACAGCUUCCGGGUCAUGUGGCCAGCAUGACUAAGCCACUUCUGGCGAACCAGAGCAGUGCACAGAAAUGCCGUUUACCUUCCUGCCGGAGCGGUACCUAUUUAUCUGCUUGCACUUUGACGUGCUUUCGAACUGCUAGGUUGGCAGGAGCAGGGACCAAGCAACGGGAGCUCACCCCAUUGUGGGGAUUCGAAUCGCCGACCUUCUGAUCUGCAAGUCCUAGGCUCUGUGGUUUAACCCACAGCACCACCCGCAUCCCCCCUUCUAUAGGGAGAUGUAUGCAUAAGAAUGACUAUUGUACUAAAAACUUCACCACCAGUAUACUAGCUAUAUUAUUGGGACAUGGAGCUAAACAUGGUCCCUAAAUGCAGUUCAUAUGUGCAGUGCUAGUCACUUGCCCAGAAAGCUGAAUAGCACCCUAAAAUUGUCCACUGGCUUGAAGAGAAGUCAGCACCAGCAGUUAAGAGUAGUCAUGUAUAGAUGAAGGAAUAAGCUAGAUGCUUGUAUUUAAUCCAGACAAGAUGCAUCCAUAAGAGGCACUUUCCCAAUCACUCAGUAAUAUGCACCAUCUGGAAGGGAAAUGUAGAACAAGAACAUUAGUUCAGUAUCAAUAGCCAAGUCAGACCAAGGUUGAAUUUCCUGUGCUUCCCAUCCCUCUCAUUUGAAUUCUCACUCCCCCAGUCUGGUUUGGCAUCUCUUUUUAUUGUUAAAUUGUUUUAUUUAAAUUGUACAUAAAGCCACCUUCAAUAAAACUACUAAUAACAAUAACAUCAUCUGAAACUUGCACAAGAACAUCACAUUUAAGAGUUGUUCUUCCUCCAGGAUAGAUCGUUGUCAGAGUAGGUCACUCCUUAUGUCGAGCUGCUUCCUGUUCUAGCUGCUUGAAAUGUUUGCUUUGUGCUUAGAUGGAUGAAUGGUUCUUGGAAUCCUAUGGCAGCAGUGCAGAAAGCUAGUGGAAAGGGUCAAUGGUCUGUUUUUCCACAGGGCUGUAGGAGCCAGGAAAGAUUAGUUCAGUAUGUGGUUGUGCUUCAUGAGGGGUGUCUGUGUGCAUGCACACCCAUGCCCUUGGGGCUAAGAUACUUCAUGCAGAUUUGAAGGAGCUGUUGAUCACAUCAUUGCUGCAACUACAGCUAUACAACUCCUACUACAACAGUGGUAGCUUGAUGAUGGAACACCUGGCAGUGUCAAUUAUACCAGGGGGUGCAUGAUAUCCUGGAAUUCAGGGCAACCAUAUAUUUUCUCAGUUCAACUCUUUGUUUCCUUCUCUGCUAAAAUUUGAAGUGGUAGAGGAACACUGGAGGUAACUGAGCAUGAUCUUCACUGCUCAUCUUGCCUCCUUGCCGCUCACUGCACAUGCAGAAUAAAUUAUGCAAAAUGAGAAGAUAUGUGAAAAAAGCUAUUCCCUUUUAGCACUUGUAGCACUUUUGAAACCUGUGCAGAAGACUCUGCUUUGAAAACUGUUGUACGAAAGUCUGAAAUGUACCUGGCAGACAAGGUUUGGGUAGAAAAAGAGGGGAGAAGAAGGUCUUGUUUAUUAAAAUAUGGUUUGCUUUUACUGUAUCUGUAUAUGUUAAAUAACAAUGUUAGUUCUCUAGCUCAAUAUGCUAAAAUAAGGAAUGCAUAAUGAUUUAUUUUCCUUAUGUUAUCUAAUUUCACAAUUUUGCUGCUCAUGGCAUUGCUUCCUUAUGGUAUAUCUUUGUUUUCAAAAUGAUUCCAUCCAUCCUUGAUUUUUUUCCACCUGUAAUGCCAGAUUCAGGGUGGCGUAUUGCUGGAUUUCCAGAUUUAUGAACAAUGGAAUAUCUUUGUGGCUAUAAACAUGAUUGUAUGUUUUCUGUAUUAAAAACAUUUCAGUAUUUUUCUUUAAUGUUGAUCUCCUAAAGUACUGAAAUACCUUGAAUACUGGAGACUGCAAAAUAAGAUGAGGAUGUUUGUCAACUGCAUGUCUUGGACUCCCACUUUAUUUAUUUAUUUAUUUAUUUAUUUAUUUAUUUAUUUAUUGUACUAAUAUCUCACUCUUCAGUAGGGCAGUUUAUAAAAACUACCACAAUUAAAACAGCUACAAUGUAGAAUUAAAAUCCAUUUGUUGUUCACAUGUUUAAAAUUUGAGGAGGGAAAAAAGGCUGCCUUAUCUGGAUAUAUUUCAACUUGUUGAAGAAAAGUGGUCUUGCAUGUUUAAGGUACUUAUGCACAGAAGUGGAUAUACAGUAUUUGCAGGGAUAGGAUUUUCCAUAUCAUGGUUUCACACAUUGGUUUGUCUUUAACUGCUUGUACAUGUUUUAAAGGCACACCAACUAGCUACCUAUCAUGCAGCCAUUCAACCAGUAACUUGUGCUCCUCAUAGUUCUCUCUCCAUUGCCGACCAACUUGCAUUCCUUUCUCCGUUCUGUGAAAUGAUCUUAGCUAAAUAACACCCCUUUUGUUAUUCUUUUCAUGUAUCCAUGAUAAUUGUUUGGAAACAUGAUGCUAUAUUCAGGAUGAUUAUCAUCAGCUGUGAAAAUGUGGUUUCUGUUCCCAGAAAUGAAAAGUGCAGAUUUUCACUGCAUUCCCCCACCCUUUUUAAGGCAACAUCAGAAUCUGCAAAUGAUUGGAGUGGAGGGUGCUAACUAACAAGUGGAUGGGUAUUAACAUGCCUUGCUUGUGAUCCUCCUGGAAAACAACAUUGGGCUUGAUGGACUGUCAGGUCUGAUCUGGACAGCUGAUCAUUGUGUCAUCCUUUUCUCUGCAGCUCCUGGAGUACGUGGGGAAGGGGAAGAGCAUAAUUGACGUGGGUCUAGCCCAAGCUCGGCAGCCACUAAGUACCAGGAGUCACUACUUUGAAGUUGAGAUCGUAGAUCCAGGAGAGAAAUGCUACAUUGCACUGGGCUUGGCUCGAAAGGUAAAACUGUGGUGGGGGAAAGAGUGUGCUGUGUUGUGUGCUUAAUGGAGCCCCUCCAAAUGCACUGCACAGGAUGCCAUCUCAUUUGGCUGGGGACUGCCUAAGAAUGGUGUAGCAUGCAUGAUUACUUGCAUGUUCAAUGGAAAAUUUCCACUUGCACAUAGUCUUAUGUGAAUGAGGUUACAGUAUGACACCAGGCUGGAACUAGAAAAAUUAUUAAUUCUAACAUAGUCCCGGGAAAGAGCUCUGCAGUGCCUGGUGUCUUUUGCAAAACAAAGAAUGAUUGGAAGUUAGAAAAAAACUGCAGCAGAUACCUCACUGGGUGCACUUGAACGCUGGCUUUAACUUGGUCUGUUUGAGGCUUCUUUGUGAGGUGGAAUGACACAGUGGCUGAUAGAAAUUAUGCAUGCAAUAUGGUGUGGUGAGGCGCUCUACAUGUUCCAGCUGCCACAUAGAAGCCAUUUCACACAGUCUUGGUGGUCAUGGUCAUAUUGCACAGGUAUGGUGGCAUUUUCCUGCAAACUCAUCUUUGCAUCAAUGAGGGAAGAGUUAGAUCUCUAAGCUAGCCUCCUCCUUUUAAGGACAUUCCUCAGUGCAAAAAGCCACAUGAUAUCAAACAAGUGCUUGUGGUGCUCCUGGCAGUUUUGUGUGUUGCCAUGGGACAACCGCUUUGGAGAACCCCAAGGGUCUAGAUCAUUACUUGGUUCCUCCCAGCCUUGGGGUUCUCUGUCUUUUCAUGCUUCUUUCUCCUGCACAGCUUCUGCUACAAAGAUUUUUCUGAGCCAGACUCUCUUAUUGCUGAAUUCCAGAUAACAAAUUAGAAGCAGGCAGGAUUGUUCUUUGGGGCUGGUUUGGCGUCUGUCCCUCUUCCUUUCCUGUCUGAUGUGGCCAUCUGGUUCUGUUGUUUGCCUCAACACAUGGUCUGGAUUCACGUGGCUGGGUUGGCCUUCAAGGCCACACCAUUCCAUUCCUUCCUCAUCUUGCUACAGCGAGCAAGCAAAUCCCAGCAGCCAUACAAGAUCCAAAAAGAAAAAGAAAAGAAAAAAUAACUGGAUCAACUUCCUUUCACCCUCCCUUGAGUUCCUGUCCCUACAGGAGGACAACUUAUCCCCUAAACAAUCUAUUGAUUCUACAUCUGGUGUGGGUGUGUUUGUGUGACCACCAGAAGCUGUUUUGUAGGAGACUUGUUUCCAGAUCAGCUGGAACCUAGGGACUACCAUGUCAAGUCUAUGAGUCUCAACCAAUAGGGUGUGAUGGCUAAAAAGUAAUGUGCAGGACUCAUUUUCUUAUACAAGUGUUUCCAAACUUCUGUUAGCUAAAGCACUUUCUUUUUUCCUGAAUUAAAAUUGGAAGCACCUCAGAUUUUCACCAGAAAGAUUUUGCAUUUAGCGCAUGAAAUAGUAAGAAUUACCUGCCUUAGAUGAGCCCAAUGCCUACAUUUCUGCAUGGCUCACUGAUCGUAGGUAAUUCUGCCACUUUGGGCAUCAGAUGGUACAGAUGGGGGAGGAUCUGCCUACAGUGGCGGUGGGAAGACCAGAGCAGUAAAUCACACAAAGACACAAUGGGCAGCGGCAGCAGCAGCAGCUUUCCUGGAUUUUAUGAGCUCCAAGGAUAUGUUUAUUUCUCUUGGCACACUGGCACACAGUGUGGCAGUUUCUGUUAAAAAGUUAAGGUGUUUCAACAUUUAACCAACACUGUUGUGUUUUAAAACACACAUGUAAUGAUGUGUAUUUGUGCUUCCCAUCUUUUUAAGAGAUGCUUUUUUGAUUGGAGCUGCAAGCACAGCUAUUGCAGAUGUGGUAUAACUCUUGCCUUACCUGCCUUAAUUCCUGUAGAGCUGGAGCUGCUUAAGACAUGCUAGGUCUAAGAUUAGCAUUUGAAAUUGCAGAGCACACAAGAAAGUAUACAUUUCUUACGAAAGGCAUAAAAUUAAGGCAUGUUGGUCUGCUGUCGUCUGCUUUUGGUAAAAUUACUCAGGUGGGUCCCAGGUCAAUGAGGGCUUUGAAGGGAAAUAUCUGCAGUGCUCUUGUUUUGUACCAACUGAAGCUUUCUAGUGUGAUAAGAAACCACGUUAAAUGAAUGCAAAUACUUGUUAAAUUAAAGGGCAUGGUGUGGUUAGAUUCGAAGAUCUUGCAGCAUCUUUUCCUUAGACUCUUUGAACCCUUUCUUAGUCUUUUUCUUGUCCCUUCCAGCCUAGUGAGAGAGGCAGUACCUGGUUGUUGAGCUCAGGGAACUCCAUAAAGUGCUGCUGAGUCACCCUAAUGAAUGCCCUGCAGGCUGGAACCCUGUGAGUUUUGGCUACUCCAGUAAGGGCUUUUCUUCCUCCUCAGUUUUGUGGCCGUAAAGCUUUGUGGGUCUAAUCCCUGUCCAUGCUGAGUCAAGGUUUCCCAGAGCAUUGGGAUGUGCCCCUCUGAGGUACUGAGGUAAUGCUCUGGGGAAUCUUGACUCAGCAUGGACCGCUGUCUCAGUUAACACAUCUUGGUGCUGAAGAGAGUAAACAAGAUGUUGAAGCUGGGAUAGCUCACUUGGUAGAGCAUGAGACUCUUAAUCUCAAGGUUGUGGGUUCAAGCCCCACACUGGGCAAAAGGGUCCUGCAUUGCAGGGGGUUGGACUAGAUGACCCUCGCGGUCCCUUCCAAUUCUAUGAUUCUAUGAACUGUGCAGCUGCGGUGGGAGGGAGGCAGGAAUCAAGCACCUUUCAAGUGGAAACCCGUUUUAAAAUACAGUAUUGACAGCUUGCCAUUUUUCUGCUGAAAGAACCUUCAGUGAUAAAAUUGUAAUGCUGCAUGAUUUGCUCUGCUCUGUUUCUCUCUUGUUCCAGGACUACCCGAAAAACCGGCAUCCUGGCUGGAGCAGGGGAUCUGUGGCCUACCAUGCAGGUGAGUGAAGAUCUGCAGCACCAACGGCCAAGCUUAGGGCACAGUGGGAAGAGCAGUUUGGUGGCUAAAUGAUGUUUCUUGAUAUACUUUAUUUGGUAUAUUUCCUUCCUCCAUUUUUCUGAAAGUAGGAAACUGAACAACUGGUGUCUAAAUCAGCAAUAAUAACAAGUUCAAUAAAAUUUUAUGAAUGCAGCAUAUUUAAAAUAGCAUCUUGUCUCCUCUCCACAUGCCUUCCUCAAAAAGACUUCGCUAGCUAUUGAUUGAUUGAAGGAAGGGCAAUUGAGGAUUGAGGAAGGCAAAGCUCAUGAGUGGGAGAGUUCCAGAGAUGUGGUGUCACAACUUCAGAGGCCCUUGUUCUGCACAGCCAGCAAGUGAAUCUAUGAAAGCGAAUAUAUGAAACCUGCAGAUCAAGGUUCUCCAGGAGUGUAAAGAGGGUUGUUUUAUGAGACUAGGCAUAGCCACAAGGAGAUAGGCCCUAAGCAGUUUGGGGAUUUUAAAGUGCAACAUUUGAGUUGCCACCAGGUUUUGGUGUAAUACACAUUCUGCAUCACACAAGCAUGAAAAAUAGGAACUGAGCAUCUUGGGGAUCUUGGCAGCUGCUUUUGAAGGUAUCCCUUCAGGAUGUGAAUAUGCUUGAGAAUAUGUGGAUAGUACACUAAGCAGGACAAAUCCCAGCUCUACUGUGACCCAUGGGUUACCCAUUUCUCUAGCAACUCACAUCACUAGGUGGUUGGACAAAUGAAGGAAAUGUUAUCAACCUGUGAGCUUUAUGUUUUAGGCAGGAUUGUGUACUCUCUGGCACUUAGAAAAUAAUAAUAGAGAUUAUUCCCAUUUUAUUACAGCCAAAAUUCUAUGACUAGUAUACAUUUAUCGCAGAGAGUAAAAAAGUACAUGCAUCUGUAUUAUAUAUUCUGCAAACCAGGGCUAGACAUUGUAUUACAUCUGCACUGAUCAAACCGUGAUUAAGGUAGUUCCCUCAACUUUACAGCCUCUUGGUUGCAAAGUGACAAGAUGGCCUUAGUGGUCCCUCGAUCUAAAUGAUCUCUUUGAGCAGGACUUAGCUUGGUAGGAGAUUUCACUAUCAUCAGGAAUCUUUGCCGGGGUUAACAGGCAAUGAACUAUGGUUAAGUGUUAUGUUUGCACAGGGUGGUUUCAAUGAGAAAAUAAUUAUCUGAAAAAAGAACCUAUAUGUCUCAGAACAGUGGAUUGGAUAAACUGUAAAUGGGAAGAGGCAAAGAGCUAUGUAAACUGCUAAGAGGUUUUUGCAAUUAAGCAGUAUAGAAAUCCUGUUAAAUAAAUAAAUGUGGGAGACUGAAGCUCCAUCAAUUGGAAAACCUUAUCAGAUUCCCAUUCCCUUCUUCCAUGCCUGUGUGAUCUCACCAGGCUGAAGGGCUAGAAACUUAAAAAAAGAAAAGCUGUGAUUCCUGUGAAUUUGAAUUCUUCACUUAGAGUGAUACCUGCUCUUGCAACAGAUGGUAGAAUGUACAUAAUUUUGCUUACAAUAUUGCUAAAGCUCGUCACUAUAAAAAGAAUACAAGACAGAUAAACAAUUGGCGCCUCUGGCCCACACUUCUUUGAGAAGCCUUUCUCACAAUUUGAGAUUUGUUGCUAUAAACCAAAGUAAAAAGAUUGCCUUUUCCUCAGAUACAGACUCUAUGGCCAGCUGGCUGAGGCAGAUUUGCUUCCUAUGAGAGCCAGAAGCAUCUCAGCUUCUCUAGCCUUGACCAUCUGCCGCAGAUUUGGCCUGUGAUCUCUUCUGUGUAUCCUUGAACCGAAUGUUUUCUCCUUUUCAAUGCACUCUUGAUUUCACUCCUCAGUCUAAGUGGUUUGAAGUUGGUGGUGAGAGCUGUGAAUUUGGGCACAUCUGGGAGCUUCAACAUUCGUGCUCAGGCUGCCUUGUGAGGAGUGGCCCAUGACUUCAUAAGAGUGGAGGAAGAGUUGGGAGGCAAGCAUAUGAGAUAAAAUAGCAGUUUGUGUCAUGAAGAGUGCUUAAUGUGUUUGUACUAAGGUAUCUCUAGGCUGGAGUAAUAAAAUACCACUGUGUGGUGAAGGGCCUUCUUGGGUCUUCAGCUACUGCAGGACUGGCCAACCUGUGACCCUCCAGAUGCCAUUGGACUACAGCUUCCAUUAUUCCUGACCAUUGGCCAUGCUGGCUGGGGCUGAUGGGAGCUGGAGCCUAGCAACAUCUGUAUCUAGUACAAUAAAGGAGCCCACCAAGAGUAUUCAAAGCAUAUUAUUGAGCAUGCUUUCUAUUUUUUCCAGAACAAGAUAGGAAAAUUAUUUGCCUUGAGGAUGAUCCCUGGUUGAAGUGCAUUGGACAUUCAUACUAAACAAACUGCUACUUUUUACUACCUGUAUCGAGCUUGCCUCCUCCCUCUUCUGAUUUUGAGUUUGGUGCUAUCCUCAGUACUCUCUUGCCCUGUAACUUCAUGGCCACCAUGAGGCUGUACAGUGGUGCCUCGCAAGACGAAAUUAAUCCGUUCCGCGAGUCUCUUCGUCUUGCGGUUUUUUCGUCUUGCGAAGCACGGCUAUUAGCGGCUUAGCGGCUAUUAACGGCUUAGCGGCUUUAAGAAAAAGGAAACAAACUCGCAAGAACUCGCAAGACGUUUCGUCUUGCGAAGCAAGCCCAUAGGGAAAUUCGUCUUGCGGAACAACUCAAAAAACGGAAAACUCUUUCGUCUUGCACGUUUUUCGUCUUGCGAGGCAUUUGUCUUGCGAGGUACCACUGUAUUGGUAUAUAUGUGAGCAAGCACACCGUGCAGGCCACAUGUUCAAUACAGUUCCCUCUUUUGUUGGGAUAGGAUGGCUUUGGUAAAGGAGCAGUUUGAAACUUUUCUGCUGCCCUGGACUGACUCUUAUCUGCAAAGAAUAACAGCAAUUCUGCUUCACUGGAUGCUCCUGGGUUCUGCUAUUGUGAAAGAGGGAGAAAAACUCCCUAUAUACUUUCUCCACGGAAAGCAUAAUUUUACCAAGAGGGCCUUCUCGGUAGUGGUACCCACCCUGUGGAACACCCUCCCAUCAGAUGUCAAGGAGAUAUGUAACUAUACAACCUUUAGAAGACAUCUGAAGGCAGCCCUCUACAGGCAUGUUUUUAAUGUUUUAUUAUGUUUUUGUAUCCUCUGGAAGCUGCCCAGAGUGGCUGGGGCAACCCAGUCAGAUGGGUGGGGUACAAAUAAAAUAACAUCAUCAACAACAAAAACAACAACACACUUCCAUCAUUUCCCCCCUCCCCUUACUUGCCUCCCCUCCAAAAAAAUCUAUUAAGAAGCGUGUUAGUUUACCAGAGCCCAUGGACCAGUCCUAUACCAAACUCUCUGCCAUUUUCCUGAUAUCCUAUAUCCUGACUGGCUCACAGCUUGAAUGGCUAAGAAGCCAUAUACAAUCAAACCCUUCUGGUCAGCAGACCAGGAGAGCCACCCAGACACCCAUUGCUGAACAUGCCUUCCUUACCUCCAGUUGCCCUUUCCUUAAUCACUUUGCUGGCUGCAGUGUCUUUGGGUUCUGAUCUCAGCUGGCUUGUUACUUCACGCCUAACUCCUGGUCAGACUUUUGAGAUGGAUCCCACUGCUGCUACUGAAUAACCAGAGCCCUGCUAGGGAAAAUAGCUUGCCUAAAAUAAACUGGGAUCUUGGUAUGCUGGGAAGCCCUUUGAACGCGGUUCGAAGAGCGGGAGGGGAACUAGAGAUAGAUGUGAGUGCAAGAUACCUCUCUACAAAUUUCUGCUCAGUGUAAUGAUAACUGAGAAUGGCUUAGCAAACACAAAGCGCUUUUGCUCCUUUUCAGUCCUUUUUGCUCUUGCACUGUGCUGCGUUCACAGCGCUGAGUUAGUCUCAGAAUAUCCUAUGAACUAAUACUAUCGGUUAAGCUCUCUCUCCACUUUCUAUGAGCUGUAGCCUAGAACAAAAAUUGACUACAUAUUGAGCUUAGUAAGGAAUGAGUGUAAGUCCGAGUCCCAGUUUGGAUGGUGCACUUAAGCCAUUAUGAACCGAUCCAUGCAUGCGGCAGAAUAGGGAGUUAGAAUGGACAGUGCCAUAUCAGAUGGUACGUUGAGGAUCAUGUUGUUUAAAUUCCUCCCCAUGUUAAAGCAAACAAAGACCGCUCCCCACAAAUAGAAAAGCAGCACUGCACAGUGUGAGCUGGUUACAGUCCUGAUGUACAGUCAAACCUUGGCUCCCGAACGCCUCCGUUUUGGAACAUUUUGGCUCCGGUUUUCAAACGUUUUUUGGAAGCUGAAACAUCCAGCGUGGCUUCCGCUUGAGUGCAGGAAGCUCUUGCAGCCAAUCGGAAGCUGCACCUUGGUUUUUGAACAUUUUGGAAGCCGAGUAGGCUUCCAGAACGGAUUGCGUUCGACAACUGAGGUUUGACUGUACUAGUUAUUGUGGGAGUUUGAGGCAGCAUUCAAAAUAAUAUUCCCACCUUCAACCUGAAGUCCUCUGAACCAGUUGCAUCUAACACUACGUUAUUCUGCGUAGAGAAGGCAGCCUGCAUCUCCUUCCGGGAGUGCUUAGACAGCAGCAUUAGAGAGAGAAGGUGCAUUCAACCUCCGCCUCCUCCCCUGUAAGGCCAUCCCUCAUCCUUCUUUGCCCUGUAGGCGUUUCCCUCUCUAGCCUGCUGUUUUGAUUUCCUUGCCUGUGCCUGUUGAGCAGAGGGGGAUUCCCUAAAAGGCACUCUUGCUGGCCGGCCUUCAUUAUUUUAGACACACUCUGGAAUGUUUACACAACAUUAUUCCCAAAGUUUCCUUGGCAACAUGGGAAAAUAUUUACUGCCCUUUUGCUGAACAAACCUCCCUCCUUCAUGGAGACAAAGGACCUUGGCCACAUGCCUUUUGCUCCGGGCGCCCGCAUCCGCUGCAUAGCUGAACUUGGAGAGACAAAGUGAGUGCCAAGGCCUUUCAAGUGGUCUGGGUCCCCCCUUCCCUUCUCCCUUUUGUUCUUGUCUGCCCGGAGGCAGGGAACUGUUUGGACCACCAGGUUCAGAACUUGCCUGUCUUUGAUCAUGGGUGUCGAAUAGUGUGUUUGCCCUCUCUGGCCUGGCAGGGUAGUGUGCCUGAUUGAAUGAACCAGCUUGUUUGGCCUGGAGGGACUGCAUGGUGAACAGGCAUUAUGGGAAAGUUUCUUAGCACUUCAAGCCCUGGGGAGGCAUACUCAGCCAUCAUGCCAAAUGUACUUUAGGAGUUGAAACCAGGCUCUUCACAAAUCAUGAUUCAUCGUUACCUACCCCAGGGCUGUUACCCUGAGAUACACUCUCCUGACUUCAUGUACAAGGAAUCCCAGAUUGCUUCCUGGAACCAUUUCUCAGUUAUGAAUGUCAUGCUAGGGGUUUUUGAUAGUUGAGUCAAGAAAAUUCUGAUCAUGUUAAGAACCGUGUAUACUUCUAGCUUGCAUCUACCUCUGGUUCAUCCUUUGAAUGUGUAAAAUUCAUGAAACAUGAAAUGAAAAAUUGAAAAAACAUAAAGUGAGUUGUGGGAUUGUUUCAAAGGUGACCAUGGUUUAAAUGAAGUUUCAGCCUUGCUGAAAGAAUUUCCCAUCUCUGAUGACAAACAAGACCCCACAUUGCAAUCAGCACUUUUCAGUCACCAUCCAGUAGCUUGCUUAAUGUAGAAAUGGUGAACUUUCACCCUAAUUCUCUGCAUCUCACGUUUUGUACUUAGCAUCUGACUGUCAGUAUCCUUAAUGGCAUUGGAAUAAAACGGCCUAGAAAAUUGAGCUGAGCUGAACUUGUAUGACUUUUGUGGUGGGAGAAGCUUUCUUAAAACAGCUAAUCUAAUUGCAUGGAAAUCUUAAGUGUUUCUCUGAUUUUUGGCCAUGUUUUGGAUACUAAUCACAAUAAAACCCUGAGGCUGAUGUUUCAGGUUCCAGAAAACUGCACUCCCAUAGCUAUUAGUCCACAGCUCAGCAGAGCUCCCGAGACUUGGGAACAAGAGAGUUAUGCAAUCCUUGAGCUUGUCUGAGUAAACACUGGGAAGCCUCCAAGUGAAUUGAAAGUUAGGCAGAGUCCCUUUAUAUCGACUCUCAUUGUCCCUCACCAUGGAACAUAGUGGCUGGUGCUGAUGGGAGUUGGGAGUCUCAUAACUUCUGGAGGGCCACAGGUUGCUCACCCGUGUGUGUGUAUAGAUAUGCUCUCUUUCUCUUUCAUUCAUACAUACAUGCUCUCUCUGUAACACCCCCCUCCAAGCUCAAGCGAUGAGGUAUGGCUUGGGUGGACAGUGUGGCUUAGGGGAUACCUGUGGCAUCUCCACCUGAGCUUUUGAGACAUCAGCAUUUUGCUUUGCUGGUAUUGUGGGGGCAGGCAGGAAUACCCAGAAGUCUCAUGUGCUGGUUGAGGUCAGCAUUUUCUUCCAGAUUUGUUCCUAGACUUUAUCAAUGGUGCAUCUUUUCUCUUUUGCAGAUGAUGGCAAGAUCUUUCAUGGGAGUGGAGUGGGCGACCCCUUUGGGCCUCGCUGCUACAAGGGAGACAUUAUGGGCUGUGGGAUCAUGUUCCCGCGUGACUACAUCCUUGACAGCGAAGGUGAGUGUCUAGAACUUGGUGAAUCAUGAUACUAAGUAAAGCAAGCAAUAAAAACAUCACAGUGGAUGGCUCUGAGUCAUAACAUGCUUGUGUGAACAGAGCUUGAUUUGCAUUGGCAAGUUUCUGCAGACAACUUUUCGGAGACAUCUGAAGGCAGCCCCGUAUCAGGAAGUUUUAAUGUUUGAUGUUUUUGUAAGUGUUGGAAGCUGCCCAGAGGGGCUUGGACAACCCAGCCAGAUGGGUGGGGUAUAGUAGUAGUAGUAGUAGUAGUAGUAGUAAUAAUAAUAAUAAUAGUAGUAGUAGUAGUAGUAGUGUUAGGACUAAUCUAUUUUCUCUAGUACAUUGUAUAAUACCACUCUGACAAAUAGGACGUGUUAGCAAGCUGAAAUCUUAGCAUGUUUAUAUUGGUCAUCUAUGGUCUAAAUUUGUGUGUGUGUGUGUGUGUGUGUGUGUGUGCAGAUUGGGGUGGUGGGUUUUUUAAAACCUAACUUCCGUAAGACUCACUUUUUGGCUACUUAGAGGCAAUUUUUAGUUCCACUGGUGGCAAGGCAGCUGGCUCAUUUACAAGCCUGGAUUAAACCGGCAUGGUGGCAUUGUGAUAACGUAUCUUCGUACUUUCCUCUCCUGGUCCUUCUACUGUGCAAGGUGACCAAUGUUGCCAUGUUCCUGAAGUUGGAACUCACUGUUGGCCUCACUUUACCCUCUUCCCUGAGGAUUCUGAUGGCCUAGUGUUCCUGCCACCCUCUUCUCUAAAAGCAAGAGUUCUAAAGGUUCUUCACUGCCAGAGGAGUGCUAGACAGAGAACAGGGUAGGGAAGCUGUGCUUACCAUUAAAGGGUUUGAGGGAGGAAGCUUGCUUAGUGACUGUAGAUCUGAGCCAGAGGCAGUUUUGUGGCUGUCAAGCCUACCCUUGGAAUGAUUUUCCUGUAGUGGUUGACUGGCGCGCAUGAAUCCAUGGCAAGAAUUAUAUAGGGGUGUGGGUGCCCUACAGGUGACAGUGAUGACAGCUGUGACACGGUGGCUAUUCGGGCCAAGCCGCGAGGCGUGAGGAAUGUCCUUUACUUGCACCAGGAAGCUGAGGAGGAGGAGGAGGAGGAAGAGGAUGGGGAAGACAUGGAGCAAGAACAUGAAGGCAAGAAAGUGGUGGUAAGUGCCAGCAAGAGUUACUGAUAAGACUAACUUCUUUCUGUCAAGAUCAAAUGGAAUUAAAACACACCAUUUAGAAGAGUGGAACUGUCCCUUUCCCAAAUCAGGAAGUGCUUGAGAAAGUAGAAUGGCUUCUAUUUGGAAGCAAGAAACAGAGCAGCCUAAGUUCCCUUAGGAAAUGCAUGCAUCAGGUUUAUUGGUUGAGCCCUACCCUUGCAACAGCCUUCUCCAACAGGGCACCCUCAAGAUGUUUAAACUUUACCUCCCAUUAGCUCCAGCCAGCACAGUGAGUGUUCAGGAAUGAUGGGGCUUGUAAGAUUUGUAAGAUUCCAGUAAGAUUUGGAAGGCACUGCGUUGGGGAAGGCUACCUUGCAACUUGCACAUUACCAAUGUUCAUUACCCUUCUGGUUGUACCCCUUCCCCCUGGUUGGUGACUUGAAUAAUUCUGGUUGCAGAAUGUAGGUUCCCUUAGCAUAUAAUUCUGACUUUUAUUUUCCGCAUAUUAGUGGUUCCACAAGUAGCUUCCACUAUUGAGCAGGUAAUGCAAGAGUUUUAGAAGAUACUUGAUCACAAAUAGGGCUGUGAGUAUCGGUAUCUCACUUUCACAUUUAACACCUGCAGCCCUUGGCUUCCAUUUGUUUUCUUUUUCAAAAUGGUUUCUAGUCCUUAAUGGCUGCAAACAUAAAUAUGUGGCAAUAACUUUUGAAAUUCUAAAAUAUAAAGCAGGGAGGAAAGAAUGAGCACACUUUUCAGUGAUCUGGGCAUUUCUUCUCAUGACUUGCUUCUCAUAAUGUGUAGCUAGAGAAAAACUACUUGCAUUGAGCAAAUUUCUUCAGGCCACAGAAUCUCAUUUUAGAGUUGGGAACUUUUUCUUUUAGCUCCCCCCCUCAGGUUUCUGAGGUACCAGAAGGUCUAGCUUUGCAGCCAUAGAGGCUAGAAUCUUUUAUUCCUUAUAGUAUAAUGAAAUGUCUCCCAGGAUACUAAAUUUUGUGCUCCAUGACACAGUUCUGGAGGAUCUAGUAGCUGCCUUUCCCUGGACAGUUCAGUGCAAAAUGUGGGAUCCUGCCCCCUGAACGUGGUGUUGAGAGGAAUAUUGUUGGCUGCACUUCAUAGUUAAUCACAUGGUUAUUGUCAUCUUAGUCCACAGUCAGAAGGCAGGGUCCUACCAGGCAGGCGCUCAGCCACUUAUGUUGGCAGCUGUUUCAUACCAAGUGUUGCCCAAGGGAUAGGUUACAGGUUUCUGUAAAGCAGCUAGCUUGUUGUCAGCCCCUCAGGAAUUUCUGCAGUUCUGUUCCCAGUAUAUACUAGGGAAGAGAAAAAGUCAUGCUCCUGUUGCUCUAUGAUUAUCAUCUUGUCCGUCAUCAUUUGGUCUGGUUUAUGCUAGUUUUCUCAUUGUGUUUGAGGUUCCCCUGGUGGCUGCUAUUAGCAAUGCUCCAGGGUGGCUUUACUCCCAGAUUUGGGGUCACAAAGAACUUGAGAUCCCAGCAUUGUGCCAGUAUUUGAGUUCCCAUUGCUGACAUGCACUGCUGAUAAUGUUGGUUUGUCAGUGUCUAGAGCAAGUGAAUUAGGUAAUAAGCAAUGCCAUGUGAUAAUAUAUCUUUAUAGAUUGUAUUACUUCAGACUGAGGAUGGGGAGGGGGUGUCAGUUUCUGGAUGUUCCCUAAUUUUUUUGGACAGGGGGAACAGAACUCUGACCACAUACAAAUCUAGCAAAUCAGCUAAUACUUGAGUUAGUAGCACAUUUCCUCUAGCUGUGUAUGUGGAAGGAGACCUUUCUAAAACUGAACAUUCAAAUGCUUAAUCUUCCCACCUGCAGCCUGAAGUGGUGCAGUCCAGCAAGAUACAUAUCAGGUUAAGGUAGCUGUUCAUGCAUUUUGUCUCAGAGAUUCCUUUAUGCACAAGCUGGGCUUGUACUUGCUAAGAACUGGUUCCUUGCCUUAUGGGAAACCCUGGAUUACAAAUAGCUAUUAGUAGAUUUGGGCGGGACACUGGCCUUUGCUUUUGCUCUGUCUGGAAGCUUGAAUAGAGCUGGAUAAGAGACUUUAGUUGACUGUCUUAGGUUGUCACCUAUAGUCUUUAGUUAUUAUUAUUUUUAAAGCAGAUUUUUAUAUUGACUUUUUUAGUCAACUGAGUUUGUAGAAGCUGAUCUAAUUUUGUGCAUUGUUCUUAAGCACAUAACAAAUCAAUCUGCCUUUUGGAAAUUUCAUCCAGAGCCUGGUUCUGCAGAAGGAGAAUCAACUGCAGAGCUAAACUGCACUGAUCUAAUCUGAAGUCUUGUGUUUCUUUUCUCUCUCUUCCCACCCCCUUUCCCUCCCAGGUGUUCUUCACACGCAAUGGGAAGAUUAUUGGCAAGAAAGAUGCUGUGGUGCCAUCUGGGGGCUUUUAUCCCACUAUUGGGAUGCUGAGCAGUGGAGAGAAGGUCAAGGUAGAUCUGCACCCGCUCAGCGGCUGAGAGUGAAGGGAUGUGGGGACCGAGCCUCUCUCUUUCCUGCUGCCAUUCCUUGGACUGGCCUGUUGUUCAGGUUGUUCUCUGUUGGACUUGCAGCCUCUGCCUCCAGGGGCAGCAUUUUGCCUGUGGGGCCAUAUAGAUCAUAUAGAUAUCUGUCUAGCUAACACCACCCGAGGCCACCUAUCUUGGUCUCCCCCCCCCCCCCCCAAAAAAAAAAUCCUAUGUGAUUGCAGAUACUUUUGGGCUCCUUGUACCAUUGCUGGAUGCUGGAUCAAUCCUGAGGCUCUUGUUCCCAAGCAGGUCUGGGAUUAAUUACUGGGACAGUGUCCCACUCUCUUCCCAAUCACAAUGUUCCGAGUCUGUGUGGCUCUCGCUUCUCAGUUUUUGAAAGGGAGGCUGGGAUAUGGCCUGGCCUCGUUGCACUCUGAAUGCAACGGGCCCCAUUUUGUGAUGGAGCAGCACAGCGGCUCUCUAGCACUCCUGUGCACCAUAUUGCAUCAGGCAUUUGUUACCCCUCCCCAGCUGCAGGCCAGCCCCACAACAUCUUGCCUUUCUGCUUUCCCUGCAAAUCCCUUUGCCACUUUUUAAUGUACACUUGCUCCUCCAGUUGAAACGUAGCUUGAGAGGAGCCCGUACCAAUUUUGAGGAUUGCAUGAGGGAAUGUUAUACAGAUGGUGAAAAUCUUUCUUUGACUGUAUUUCCCUGUGUGUUGUGUGCACCUUCCUGUCACAUCACUUGUUUGAAGGAGGCGGCCUUCCAUCCAUGCUGAACUCCCUUCCUGCUAUUGUGCUAGCAUGCCUUCUUCCUAGUGCCAGUCUGGAGGUGUGUUGUGAGGGCACCCUGCCUUCUUCCCAGCUCCCUUUCCUGAGCCAUUGAGAUCCCUCAAAUAAUUGAUGCUGGACCCUGGAAGGGUGGUGCUUGUUCUGGGCGCAAUGCUGCUGCAAACCUGUACUGCUGCUACUGCCAUUUUGUAAGUGGGAGUGGAAGCAAGCAGAGACAUGGGGCGUGAAAUGUGCCCUGCAGUUUGAUUGUAAAGCGUUUUCUCUUCCUCCUCCAAGUUAAUGAGGGCUGGCCCUUGAUGUGUAGGCCUGCCCUUGUCUUCCUUUGCGCUCUAGGUCUCUUGUCCUCUGCGUUGUGCUUGCUGUCUUGUAAGCUUACCUGUUUUGGCUCUGAGGUUAUUCAAAGGCUCUUCAGAACUGUAAGAAUCUGUCAUGAUGUCACUUGUGUAGGUGUGGCUAAUCUAUGGCAGGAGAUCCGUGAUCAUUGGGGGCGGUAGACAGGGGAAGGACAGGCCCCUACACUAGCCCCUCUGGCCCUUUGCUGCUAUUAGUUUUCUCAGAAGCUGGUGGUCCUGCAAAUAGUUGCACUGGCUCCCUCUUGUGGUCCAGUUACCUGGCUUUGUUGCAAUUGUACUGUUUUUAAUAGGUGGGUUGGGAACAUAAGCAUCCCUUUGUGGUUCGUUCUUGCUUGAAUGUUGAUGUUGUGCCAGCAACCACCCCAGACUCUUUGGAAAUGUGACAGCACCUCCAUCUUCAACCUUAAUCCAUGCUGCUGUUGCAGACUUCCACUGGUGGCUGCUUCCUAUCACCAAACUAACCUAAUACUUGAGUGGGAUGCCAGUGAGAGAGAGAGAUCAGCAGGCUUUGCUGUUGCAGUCCUUGGAGAGAGCCAAAAUACUGUCACCCUGCACCCUGUUGUGCAGCCUGCUCUUGGGCUGUGUGAGCCGACGGUUGUCUGGUCUGAACAGAACCUCCUCCUCUCCAGCUCUGCAUGGCACCGGUUCCUGCUGCGUCGCUGUAGAAAGAAUCUUUGUACAUUCAAUAAAGUUGAAAUGUCCAUAUUUAUCCAGCACUGGAA